AAAAAGGACGUGGUGACGACACUUCCGUGGGAAGGAGUGGUGAACAUGGCGAGCCGCGCGUUGCUGCUGGCGCGAGGAGGGUUCCUGGCUGCUCACGGUUGCCUGUCUCGCUAUGUGCAAGUUGUUCCGAUCACGGCAUUCUUACCCUGCACGGCCUUCUCUGGAAAGGCUUUUCCAGUUCGAAAUUUUGCAGUUGAAGCAAAGAAAGUAUAUACACGGGACAAGCCACAUGUUAAUGUUGGAACCAUUGGGCAUGUGGACCAUGGCAAGACUACAUUAACAGCAGCCAUCACCAAAAUUCUGGCAGAGACUGGAAGUGCCCAAUUCAAAAAAUAUGAAGAAAUUGAUAAUGCACCAGAAGAGAAGUCACGUGGUAUCACAAUCAAUGCCUCCCAUGUUGAAUAUGCAACAGCCAACCGGCAUUAUUCACACACAGAUUGCCCUGGACAUGCUGAUUAUGUCAAGAACAUGAUCACAGGGACGUCUCCACUGGAUGGCUGUAUUCUGGUGGUAGCUGCAACAGAUGGGCAGAUGCCGCAGACAAGGGAGCACCUUCUACUAGCGAAACAGAUAGGCGUGAAGUACAUUGUAGUGUACAUCAACAAGGCUGAUGCAGUUGACGAUUCAGAGAUGGUGGAGUUGGUGGAGUUGGAGAUCCGUGAGCUGCUCACAGAAUUCGGCUACAACGGGGAGACGACUCCUGUAAUUGUAGGCUCAGCACUCUGUGCUUUGGAGCAAAGAAACCCAGAGCUGGGCUUGAACUCGGUCAUGAAGCUGCUGGAUGCAAUAGACACGUACAUCCCUCUGCCGGAGCGUGAGCUUGACAAGCCAUUCUUGCUUCCAAUAGAGCACAUUUUCUCCAUCCCAGGUCGUGGUACUGUGGUGUCAGGGACACUCGAACGUGGUAUUCUCAAGAAAGGAGAUGAAUGUGCAUUUGUGGGGCACAACCGAAACUUGCGCUCUGUGGUGACUGGGAUUGAGACAUUCCACAAACAGUUGGAUCGUGCAGAGGCCGGUGACAAUUUGGGUGCUUUGGUGCGGGGACUAAAGCGAGAGGACUUGCGACGGGGGAUGGUCAUGUGCAAACCAGGCAGCAUCAUGCCACACCAGAAAGUUGAAGCUCAGGUUUAUGUUCUGAGUGCUGAAGAAGGUGGCCGCAAAAAGCCUUUUGUAUCAAACUUUUCGCCUGUCAUGUUUUCCCUGACUUGGGACAUCGCCUGUCGCAUAGAAUUGCCUCCAGGGAAGGAGUUAGUGAUGCCAGGAGAGGACACCUCCCUUACUAUGCUAUUGCGGCAGCCUAUGGUCUUGGAGGAGGGACAGAGGUUCACGAUGCGGGAUGGAAAUAAAACUAUUGGCACAGGAGUGGUCACAAAAACAUUGCCUGUAACACCAGCAGAUGAAGAGAAAUGGGCAAAGUAAAGGGUUAAGCCACUAAAACUGUUUCUAUGCAGGUCACAGGUAGACAGUGAGAAAUCUGGAAUUUAAAUUUGUGUAAAUACUUGCUGUAGGCAGCUUCCCAGAGAGAGGCCCUCCUGAUGAAACCAUCCAGGAUACAUUUCUCAGAAAGUGGGUUAGCCUUCCAACCUUAACAAGAGAAGAUAGCACUGGCCAAGUGUGUUCUGCUCAUUUCAUGGGGUGUUGGCGGGUGGGAAGUUAAAUAAAAUACUUGAAAACUGA